UCCGUGCAAGAUGAUUCGAAAGAGUGUUACAGAGAGCUUUGGCACAGCCAUAUCAUCUUUGAGUACAGCACAUCUUACUGAUGGAGUUAUCAGAAGAAGCAAGAGAAUGAUGCUAGAUACACUGGGGGUUGGAUUGCUUGGAACCAGCACCCCAGUCUUUAAUGUGAUUUUCCAGUACAGCAAGAGAUACCAAGCAAAACAGAACAGCAGUGUAUGGGGGAGACCAGGAUCAUUCCUUCCACCUCAUUAUGCUGCAUUUGUCAAUGGGGUUGGGGUGCACUCUAUGGACUUUGAUGACACCUGGCAUCCUGCCACUCACCCCUCCGGAGCCGUGCUGCCUGCUCUGCUUGCUCUAGCUGAGUCUCUGCCUUCCAAACCUUCAGGCUUGGAUCUACUUCUGGCCUUCAAUGUGGGACUUGAAGUUCAGGGAAGACUGAUGAGGUUUUCAAAAGAGGCUUAUAACAUCCCCAAAAGGUUCCAUCCUCCUACAGUUGUUGGAGUUAUGGGCAGUGCAGCUGCUACGGCUAAACUCCUGGGUCUGUCCCCAUCUCAGACCAUGGCGGCUCUUGCUAUUGCAUGUUCAUCUGCCGGUGCUCCAUUGGCAAAUGCUGCUACUCAGACAAAGCCACUGCACUUGGGAAACGCUGCUAGAAGGGGCCUGGAAGCAUCUCAGCUUGCUCUUCUUGGUCUAGAGGGCAACAAAUACAUUCUGGACCUGGAGUCAGGUUUUAGCAUCUUCUACCAGGAUUAUUUUCCACGUCAUUUGGCUGAGGUUUCCCCAACUAGCCAGUAUAGGUGGGUGCUGGAAGACCAGGAUAUUGCAUUUAAGCGAUUUCCUGCCCAUCUCGGCAUGCACUGGGUAGCUGAUGCAGCAGUAAAAGUGAGGAAUAAAAUUCAUAUCAGAGAGCCAAAUGCUGAUCUCAGUCAAAUUAAGAGGAUUGUACUGAGAGUCCCUUCAUCCAGAUAUAUAGAUUGUCCACUCCCAGUGACGGAGCACGAGGCUAGGCACUCGUACCAGUUCAAUUGCUGCAGUGCACUGCUCGAUGGCGAGGUCACCGUGGACUCCUUCAGCAGUAAAAUGAUGGAAAGGAAAGCACUGAAGGACCUGCUCCUCAAAGUUAAUCUGGAAAAUCCGAUAGACAAUCAGGCUAGUUUCAAAAAGAUGUACUGUGAAGUUGUGGUGGAGAUGGCCAAUAGAGAAACACACACAGCACGUUGCAACACAUUUUAUGGUCACUGGAGAAAGCCUCUCAGUCAGGAGCAUUUGGUAAGGAAAUUUAAGAACAAUGCAUCGACUGUGCUGAGCACAGAUGCUGUAGAUAGUAUUCUACAAGUUAUUGACAGCCUGGAGACAGUCACUGACUGUUCUGUGCUUGGGUCAUACAUGCAAUUUCAUAAGCACAUAAACCAAAGCAAUGACUCCUAUUAUUCAGCAUCUGCUUGAAUGUUACUGCAAUGAUAACUCGUACCUAAAACUAUGUUUUAAGUGACUAUUAAAAUGUGUCAAUUAAACCUGAUAAACCACAUACUAGACUACUUUUAUUACCUGCCAAAACACAAGAUAUGUGACAUGAAUCUUGGCAAUCAUAUUUAGUAAUAUAGCUAUCAUACAACUCAAUGGAUGAUGGUCUAUUUAGUUAAGUGUAUCUUAAGGCAUAACACUUCUGAUCAAGGUAUGAAAUGUAAAAUAUCAAAAAGGAACACAGUAGUGGUGUAGGAGUGUCCAUCGCUAUUGGUUCAAUGUAUCGAUCAAAUAACCAAUGAUCCGCCGCAUCAGUGCAAUGCGUAAACAUCGAUGCGUGUAUAAUUUUUAAGAUGGACCUUUAUUUAGGGCACUAAUUCGAAAAAUGCUCCAGAAACGCCGUCCGUAUGCAUUUUUUUCUCGUGUCAAUUUCACAUUUGAAAAAAAUUAGCUGAUGCCACAACAUAGCAACAUGAGUGUUCAAGAAAUAAAGGUUUUCUAUUUAAUUAGAAACAAAUCUCGGGUGUGGGAAAGUAUGUCGUCACUGAAGCGCUAAACAUUUAUGUGAAAUUCUACACAGAAAUCCUACCAAGUUGUAGGAAUGAUUUUUUUUUCAGCUUUGUUUUGUUAAGUAUGAAAAUGUCAAAGCUUUAUAUUUCAAAAGUCAAAUUUAAGUUAAUCACAGGUCCUUAUUUGCACUGAAAUAUGUAGCAUUUCAUAUUGAAAUAAAGCUCAAUACAUUUUUUAAAAUUAUUUUGGCUACAUUUCAGAAUUGUGUGAAAUACACAUUGUUUAAUAUUGAUCACAGGACCCUGAAUCCAUCAAAUCGAAAGUGCAUCAUGUCGGCCAUUGAGGUUUCGGCAAAUAUCGAAUCGCUGGCUAAGAUAAUUGAUAUUAGAUGGUACUGUCAGGAAACUUGCGAGUUACAUCCCUACGCAGCAGUAUUACUUAUUCUUUCUGUAUGCAAGUUUCCGAUUAGUAAUAUUUGAAGCUAAAUGUUAAAACGUUGUGUUCUUUUAUGUAUUUAUAUAAUACAUAAAUAAAGUGUUAGAAGACCAUAAAAGGUUAUUUUUUUGGAAACGCCAGAGGAUUUUCUACAAAACACACAGCAUUUAAUCACUAUAUUAUGUCAUAUGACAUAUGUGGUAGUAUCCUUACCACAC